AGCAUCCAUAGUCAAAAACCACAAGACUUCUAUAUGUUCUCUCAAGACAUCACAAAGCAAGCAAGAGCAUACAACACGUUCUCUCUAAGGACCGUUGUAUUCUCCAUCGGCAUUUUGGAUCCCCGGCCGCAAGCCCCGACCUGAGAAAAACCGACAGUCGUGGCUUCCCCUUCACCGUCAGGGCAACAGCAACAGAGCAGGAGCAAUCUUUCGCGAAGAAGAACCGCAUCGUCUAGUUCAUCGGAACCUACGCAGAUCAUCUACAAAGAAACGCUAGGCCGGUCGUUUUCUUCUGAAUCCGAUCUUGACUUACCGAUUUGGCAACGAACUUGGUUCAUCCUACUUCUACUCGUAAUGGCAUUUUCUUUCUUCGGUCUUGCUCUCUUUCUCGUCCUAACUCUAGACUCAGAUUAUGCCUCAUCUUCUGUCUAUGCUGCUACUUCUGAAGGCGUCGAGAUUACUUACGGGUCAGUGAUCAAGUUGAUGCAUGAAAAGACAAAGUUCAGACUACACUCACAUGAUGUGCCAUAUGGAUCUGGCAGUGGGCAGCAAUCUGUAACUGGUUUUCCAAAUGUAGAUGAUGCCAAUAGCUAUUGGAUUGUUAGACCUGAACCAGAUACAUCUGUGAAAUUGGGGGACAGUAUAAAAACUGGAACCAUCAUUCGGUUGCAACACUUGAAAACUAGGAAGUGGCUUCAUAGUCACUUACAUGCUUCACCAAUAUCUGGCAAUCUAGAGGUGAGUUGUUUUGGAGAUGAUGGUAAUUCAGAUACAGGGGAUUAUUGGAGAGUUGAAAUUGAGGGAAGUGGGAAAACAUGGAGACAGGAUCAAAGAAUAAGGCUUCUCCAUGUAGACACAAACGGAUUUCUACACAGCCAUAAUAAGAAAUACAGUCGCAUUGCUGGUGGUCAGCAAGAGGUUUGUGGUGUAAGGGAGAAACGAGCUGAUAAUGUUUGGUUGGCUGCAGAAGGCAUAUACCUCCCAACAACUGAAAGCAAAGCGACCAUGUAGUUUUCCCCUCUCUCUUUUUUUUUUCAUGAAUUUUGUAGCUUGUUUCAGGGCAUACUUUGUAAGCUGAUUAUAUCCACAACACUAGUUAAAAUGUUGAAUCUCCUUAUUAACAAUCUGGGUAAAAUCAAAAUAUAUCUAGAUAAUAUGGAAACGUGUUGAAACUCUUCAUAAAUAUAUUUCUAGUGCAUAUUUUUUUGCUAAA